UGUUUAGACUCCACUGAUGUCGUGGCGCUUUAGGGGAAGAAGUUGGUGUUUUGCGGGGCCCUGGUACUGAAGACGCGGUACGGGUCACCCCUAGCUGUUUCCUACUCACCUAACCCUCCGCGCCCGCCUUUUCUCUCUCUCCUCUGGCAGGAUGAGGCGUGCAGGCCUGGGUGAAGGAGUACCUCCUGGCAACUAUGGAAACUAUGGCUAUGCUAAUAGUGGGUAUAGUGCCUGUGAAGAAGAAAAUGAGAGGCUCACUGAAAGUCUGAGAAGCAAAGUAACUGCUAUAAAAUCUCUUUCCAUUGAAAUAGGCCAUGAAGUUAAAACCCAGAAUAAAUUAUUAGCUGAAAUGGAUUCACAAUUUGAUUCCACAACUGGAUUUCUAGUGGAUCCUUCAGGUUCCAGGGAUUUCACCAAUAGCAGUGAAAGCCUACUUCUGCUAGUUUUGACUGUUCCUCAGUAUUUGUCCAGAAGCUUAAAAAGAAGCAGACUUACUUUCAGUGCCAUCUAUCACAGCUGCAGAAUUAUAUCAUGACAUGUCAAAAUAAUGACUCUGAAGCCUUCCAAAUCUUCCAAGAAAGAAGAAUCCUUAUUUUAGAUUAGUAGGAAAUGGCUUGCUACCACACUGAAAAGUCUCUUCUUGGCCAAACAUCAAAGUCUGGAGCCAGAGAUAAAUUAAUGCAGAGAACUCCCAGUUGGACAAUCAGUUCCAGACUCCACAGACACCAGGACACACACUCUAUUCAAGAAUCUGUUUGUGAUGGUUCAGAAGUUUUCAAGCUUGCUUUGGGUACAAAUUGUAUUUCCAACACUUCUAGCCCUAUGUAUUCCUGUCAAUGAUAUUAUACUUAUAAAUACAAACAUGUCCUUAUUAUGGAUGAAGAAAUAGAUUAAUUAAAAUUGUAUAGAUUAUAUAUUAGCAUAUGAUAUUAUACAUCAUUAUAAAAACGAAGAAAUAGGACUUGAGCUUUUUUUCAAUUUUGCCACUGUUAAAGUCACUUGAGUCUUUAUCUUUGGGAACUAGCAUUCACAAAAUGGUGAAUACUGACUCUUAUCCUGAUUUGCUACAAGCAACUAGUCUAGAAUGAGCAGUAUAAUUAUUAGCACUACACUCUUUCUAUGCUUCACACACUACAGAAGUUUCCAGAAUCUUCAUCUUCAAGUCUGUAAUUCCUCAAAGUACAUGGAUCAACAUUUAGGCUUCUGGAGGCCAGAAAUGAACGAGGCAGUGCAAAAAGGACCAUAAUUCACAGUCAACCAGCCAACAUGUGUAGCUCUGGGCAAGUGUUAUUAUAUUCACUGGAUGUUAACAGGAUUUCUAGUUAGAUUGAGAGAUGAGAAACUCUUUAAAAAGCUCAUUCUCUUUGGUAGAAUGGUUUGUUUUCCUUUGGAUAGAUACUCAGUAAUGGGAUUGCUGGGCUGAGUGGUAGUUCUGUUUUAAAUUAGUUGAGAAAUCUCCAAACUGACUUCCAUAGUGGCAGAACUAAUUUACAUUCCUACCAACUAUGUGUAAGUGUUCUCUUUUCUCUGCAGCCUCUCCAGCAUCUGUUAUUUUUUGACUUUUUAAUAAUAGCCAUUUUGACUGAUGUGCAAUCUCAUGGUAUCUCAUUGUGGUUUUGCUUUGCAUUUAUCUAGUAAUUACUGAUUAUGAGCAUUUUUUAUAUGUUUCUUGGCCGCUUGAAUGGCUUCUUUGGAGAAGUGUCUGUUCACAUCCUUUACUCACCUUUUAAUUGGGUUAUUUGUUUUUUUGCGUAUCGAUUUAAGUUCCUUAAAGAUCCUGGAAGUUACAUGCACUCAUAUGUUCGUCGCAGUGCUAUUCACAAUAACAAGGACAUGGAAUCAACUGAGGUGCCCUUCAGCAGUGGACUGGAUAAAGAAAAUGUAGUAUAUAUAUGCCAUGGAAUAUUACAUAGCCAUAAAAACGAAUGAAAUCAUAUCCUUUGCAGCAACAUGCACGCAGCUGGAGGUCAUAUUCCUAAUCGAAUUAAUGCAGGAACAGAAAACCAAAUACUGCAUGUUCUUACUUAUAAGUGGGAGCUAAACACUGAGUGCACAUAGACAUAAAAAUGGGAACAACAGGCACUGUAGAAGAGGGAAGGGAGGAAGGAAGUUAUGGGCUGAAAAACUAGCUAUUAGGUACUAUGCUCACUACUUGGGUGAGAAAUUCAUAUCCCGAACCUCAGCAUCAUGCAAUAUAACCAUGUAACAAAUCUGCACAUGUAACCCCUGAAUCUAAAAUAAAAGUUGAAAUUGUUUUUAUUUUUGUAUUAUUUAUUUAUUUUUAUUUUUAUUUACUUAUUUUUUGAGAUAGAGUCUCGCUCUGCCACCCAUGCUAGAGUGCAGUGGCACGAUCUCGGCUUACUGCAACCUCCACCUCCUGAGUUUAAGUGAUUCUCCUGGCUCAGCCUCCUGAGUAGCUGGGAAUACAGGCACACAGCAUCAAGCCCAGCUAAUUUUUGUAUUUUUAGUAGAGACGGGGUUUCACCAUGUUGGUUGGAGGCUGAGGCCGGCGGAUCACCUGAGGUCAGGAGUUUGAAAUUGUCUUUAAAAAGUAUGUUUUGAUAUAAGCCUUUUUUCAAUUUUUCUUUUUAAGUCUAAUUCUUGACAGAGCAACAGAAACAAAUAAAGUAGAAGCCCAAAAGGAAAUUUGUCAUUACUAAAACCAGCCAGGCUCAGGUGACUUUUCUUGUCCAUUCAGAUGGGAGCUUAAGUUAACAAAAAUAUCUUUAACAAAUUGAAGACAACUUAAAGAUCAGUUUAUUUAUUCAUUCAACAAAUAUUUAUUAACUGGCUGCCACAUAUCCAUCAUUGUUCUACAUUCUGCAGAUAUAGUAGUCAAUUAAGUUCCUUCCCUCAGUGAGGACUUAACUUUGAGUGGAGAGAACAAAAUUAGACAAAUAAAAUAUAUAGUUUGUCAAAUGAUAAGUGCUAUGAAAAAAAUGACUACAGGAUUCAGCAUGCAUGUAUACUGACUUGCUCUUUAAAUUUUAAGAGUUAUAGGAAAUGUCUACUGUAUUAGUUUUCUUCUCAUACUGCUAUAAAGACAUACCUGAGACUGGGUAAUUUAUACAGAAAAGAGGUUUAACCAGCUCAUGGUUCUUGGGGCUAUACAGGCUUCUGCUUCUGUGGAGGCCUCAGGAAACUUACAACCAUGGUGGAAUGCGAAAUGGAAGUAGACAGGAGAGAGUUUCAGUUUUAGUCUUAAAAGAAAAAAAAUACAUCUCUAACUAACCCUGGUCCUUGUGUUGGCAAUAACUACUCCUUUUGACUGGUUGGGGAAUGAGCAUCUUUGACAUGGGCUUGAUGAAGUCAUGGCCAAUGUUAACUUUAAAUAAGUUUGAAACUAUUGUUUAUACUAGAUCAAAUAAAUUGCAGAGGAUUUUUUUCCAACCAUCACAUAAAUGCAUAGAAUUGAAAGUAAGUUUCAUUUCCAAUAAGGAGUCUAAUGUAUCCACUUUUAAUUAUAGCCAAGAUGUUUAUAAUCUUAUUUGACGUUCUGUGCUGUGAACUGUUGGGAAUCUAUUAGCUCAGUAUUUUGAAUUUCAGAUAAUGUAUCCUGUGUUUUUUUUUUUUAAAUAAAGGUUUAUCUUACCAUUAAAUUAC